AUGUCUUCCUCAUCAUCAAGUGAUGAAGCAGAUAAAGCUUUUGAUGAAAUGGUCGACGAAGUAGUAGAUAAUUUCAUAGACACAAUAGUUGAUGGUCAAACCAACAAACCGAAGAGACGAGCUUAUAUCGAAAGAGACCGAGAACAAGGACACAAUCAACUAUGGAAAGACUAUUUCAUGGAAAAUCCUACAUACCCACCUGAAAUGUUUAGGCGGCGUUUCCGAAUGAACAAGCCAUUGUUCCUUCGCAUUGUCGAUCGCCUAAGUAGUGAAGUUCCCUACUUUCAGCAAAGGAGAGAUGCUUCCGGAAGGUACGGGCUAUCUCCACUUCAAAAGUGUACGGCAGCUAUACGUAUGCCCGCAUAUGGUCAAUCGGGAGACAGAAAUGACGAAUAUCUCCGACUUGGUGAUAGUACAUCACGUCUAUGUUUGGAAAAUUUCACUGAUGCGAUAAUACAAUUGUUUGGAGAUGAGUAUCUACGAAGCCCUACACCAUAA